CUCCGAGUUUCUGUCGGUCUAUGUGUUGAAUAUCUGCGGCGCUGUUCUGUGUGCGGCGCAUCGAGUCGCUGUAGUCAGCUAGUCACCAUUCGGCAUGGCUGUUGGGUGUUCUGCGAUGGGAGCCUCUCUGGAAAGCAUUUUGUUGCGCCUGCUUGUCCCUGACAACGCUGUCAUUGCUCAGGCAACUCAGGAGCUCAAAGAAGCAUACAGAGAUCCCAACAUUGUGGAACACCUCGGCCAUGCGCUUUGCAGUUCUCAGAAUGUUCAGGUGCGGCAGUACUCAGCAGUGCUUCUGCGGAAAAAGCUAUACCGCCUUAGAUGCUGGAAGAAGCUUCCAUUAGAGAUACAAAAUGGACUGAAAAGUGGCCUUCUCCAGAGAAUUACUUGUGAACAAGAAAAGCCAGUUGUCUUGGCAGUUUGCCAGCUGGUGGCAGUCAUAGCCAAGCAUGAAUGCCAAAGGACGCCAUGGACAGAGCUACAACAGCUCUUGAGUAUGCUCAUGCACAGCAAGAAUGUAGCCGAACGCACGCUGGGCUUCCAGUUGGCAAGUAUAAUUUCUUCUGUCGCACCGGAGGUGUUCUCAAGUCACUUUAAGCCACUUUUCAAGUUCUUUGGCGAAUGCUUGCAAAGCUGUGGUGAUGACCAGAUCUGCUUCUACGUGAUCAAGUCUAUGACAGCACUAGUAAGCUUCAUUGGCACAGAUGAUGCUAAUUGUUUCCAAGUACUAAUCCCUUGUGUCAUGGAAGUUAUCCGAAGACUGGCAAGUACAGAUGAGGACAAGGCAGUAGAAGCAUUGGAGCUUUUUGAUGAACUCAUUGACUCUGAGAUUGCCAUCCUUCUGCCUCAUAUUAGGCCACUGAUCAAGCUGUGCUUGGAGAUAGCUGGUGAUGUGAGGAAGGGAGAUGUGCUGCGUGUCCGAGCCAUGUCUGUUCUCAGCUGGAUGAUCAACGUCAAGAAAAAGGCAAUUGUGAAGCACAAACUGAUUCCUGAGCUACUGGAUGUGCUUUUUCCAAUCAUGGAGGAAGUAUCACCUGGUGACCUUGACCGAAUUGAAGAUGAAGAGGAAGAUGAGCAUUCCUGCCAAUCUCCAUCAUCCUGUGCAGCCCAGCUUAUUGACACCAUGGCCCUCCACCUUCCUCCAGAAAAGCUGCUGCCUCCUCUGUUUCAACAUGUUGACAAGCUUGUGAAAAGUGACAACGCCUCCCAAAGACGAGCUGCCUAUCUUGCCAUUGCUGUGAUUGCUGAGGGUUGCUCUGAAGCCAUUCGUCAAAAGCAUCUGCCAACAUUUGUCCAAGCCAUCUGUGAGGGCAUCUUGGACAGGGAUGUUCAAGUACGGAAUGCUGCUCUCUUUGCAUUGGGCCAGUUCGCCGACUUUUUGCAGCCAGACAUGGGGAAGUACGCUAACCAGGUAAUGCCCAUUUUGCUGAACCACUUGGCUCAAACAGCAGAGCUGAUGGCCCAGACACGGAAGGAUCCACCAAAUCUCAGCAAGACCUUCUAUGCUCUUGAAACCUUCUGUGAAAACUUAGAGGGAGAGCUGGUGUCCUACUUGCCGAAUGUUAUGCAGCAAGUCCUCCUCUUCCUGACAGCACCAUCAUACCGAGCUAAGGAGCUGGCCAUUAGUGCUAUCGGCUCUGCUGCGAAUGCUACGAAAGAGGCAAUGCUGCCAUACUUUCCUCAGAUCAUAGGUGACCUCAAGCAGUAUUUAACAGAGCACCAAUCGGAGCAGAAUGCCACCCUUCGAACUCAAGCUAUUGACACAUUGGGCUGUUUGGCCAGGACUAUUGGGGCUUCCAAUUUUUUGCCAAUGGCUCCAGAGUGUGUGGAACUUGGAUUGCACCUGAUCAAUGCAGUUGAUGAUCCUGAUUUACGCAGGAGCACGUAUGGAAUGUUUGCAUCUGUAUCGUCUGUGCUGAAAGCUGACAUGACAAAGUAUUUGGAACCUAUCCUGGAUCACAUGUUUACUUCCUUGCAGUCCACCGAAGGUGUUGUGACACAGCCGGCUGACACUUCUGGCCCAAACUUUCAACUCUUUGAUGAGCUUGAGGAGAGUGAUGAUGAGGCUGCUGAAAUCGACACAGAUUGUGCAGAAGAUGCUUCUGAUGAUGACAGUGAUGAUGAUAAUGAGCAAAGUUGCACUGUUGCAAAUGCCUACCUGGAGGAGAAAGAAGACACUUGUGUGGCCCUCGCAGAGAUGUCUGAGAACAUUGGACCGGCUUUUGCACCAUACUUGGAAAAGUGCUUCACUGAAGUAUACCGUAUGGCUGACUAUCCAGCACCUGACGUUCAGAAAGCAGCCCUGUCCUGCCUGGGUCAGCUGACUGUGGUGCUGUUCAAAAGUGCCGAUGAGGCUGGUGAUGGUGACCAUGCCAGCAUUUCUGAUGCAUCUAAAGCAGCAAGCAUGCUUAUUUCUAAGCUUGUGGAGGUUGCACAUAUUGAACGAGAACGAGAAGUUGUCCUUGCUUCUCUGGAGACGUUGGGUCUUCUUAUUAAUGAACUCAAAAGUGCAGCAUUUGAAGGUGAAGAGCAACUGCAACUUGUUGUUGACUUGGUGAAGUCUGCCUUCAAUAAUGAGCUUAAAUCUCAGUGUGCAGACGAAGAGAUAGAAGAGGCAGAUGAGCAAGAUGAAGCUGAGUAUGAUGGCUUACUCGUCCAAAUGGCUGGAGACUUGGUUCCUGCAAUGGCUAAGGCACUACCAGCUGAGCGGUUUGGUCCUUACAUGGCAGGUCUUCUGCCUCUGUUUAUGGGAAAAUCGAAAAAGCAAAGCAGCACAACAGACAGGUCAUAUGCAGUUGGUACUCUUGCUGAAGUGGCUGAAGGUUUGGGACAAGCAGGCAUUGGCCCAUUUUGCCGCCCACUGCUACAGGUUUUUCUCAAUGGAAUGCGAGACCAGAACGGUGAAGUUCGUAGCAACGCUGUUUUUGGACUUGGUGUACUCAUCCAAAAUGCACAUGACAUCCUUCAGGCUGAGUAUCCGGCAUUGCUGGAAGCUCUCUCCACGAUGCUAGCACGUGAGGACAACAGGCAUGCCAAGGACAAUAUAUGUGGUGCUGUUGCCAAGCUCAUCUUGGUUGGUGUCACCGUUGUGCCUGUCGCACAGGUUUUUCCAGUGCUGCUUCAGCAACUUCCUCUGCAGGAAGACUUCGAAGAAAAUGGAAGUGUGUUCCAUUGCAUCUGCUACCUCUAUGGACUUGGACAUGAGGUGUUCAUCAAAAAUAUUCCUUCCAUUCUUCGCAUCGUCCUGCGGGUCAUCCACACUGACCAAAUCAGUGAAGAGACAAGGAUCAACCUGUUUCAUUUGAUCAAGUCGCUGAGUUUGAGCAUCCCACAAGAGAUUAAGGCCAUCCUGCAGGCAUGCACUCAUGAAGAGCAACAAGCAUUUGAUGCUGUCUUGAAAGCUUCUUAAUUUAAUUAUGCCAAAGUUAUAGUUAAAUUGUUCAAGCAUGAGCAAAUAAAUAAAUUUCUAUCAU